AAAAACAUCGUUAUAGUUCAUACCACGAUUUGUAUAAUCUUGUCGUGUUUUUUCACAAACUGCAAAAAAAAUUGAGUUUUGUCACUCUCUUGAAAACAAAGGAAAUACCAAAAUUUUUUUAAUUUAAUCAUCUCGUAUUAUUUAUUUUUUACUAGAAACAGCUAUGCAUCGCUAACGGAAACAGCACUUCCUAUCAAAGUUGUACUAUCAUCUUGCUGAGCUUUUGAGUCAAAAUUGAUUGAACAGCUAUUUAGUCUAUGAUAAUCAGCCAGUCGUUAAGAGUGGCCUAAGUAGGCGCGGUUUAAAGAUUACGAGAGUAGUAGUUCAAUUAGUUUUUAAUUACUAUGAAUUUCAAAAUAUUUACAUUUCUAUUAACCUUAUUUGCGUUAAUAAUAUCAACUCUAACCAUCAAUAUAGCACCAAGAAAACAGACUAACAGUAUAGAGUACUUAAGAAGAUCACCUCGUCAAAUCGAUAUAAAUUUAUCAGCUGAACAUGAUGAUAAGGAGGAUGAGACGGAAAUAGCAUUGGAAGCCAUAGCCAAUUUAUGGCGCAGUGCUGAUAGCAAAACUCAGAUUGAAGGAUCGGCCAAAGUGGUGCACAACAGCAAUGCAUUAAAUACGGGAAACACUCGAUUUUCAGGACGUUUACAUGUGCAUCACGAUUACAAAAGGAAGUAAUGUUCUUAUUAAUGGACUACAGCGUUAUAUAACUAUAUGUUAAAUAAAUUUAAAAAAUGAAUAAUCGAAUACAAUCGUA